AUGACGGAGGAUCGUCCCAAGGAGCUAGAGGUCAAGGUCUCGGAAGAUGGCAUCAACGCCAACUUCAGCCUGUCUCCAAGACUCGAUCAGCCUCCCUCUCGACCUAUGGGCUCGAUAGCCCGAGGCAGACAUCACCAUCACAAUCGCAACCAUUCGAUCGACACAAAAGAUCGCACCAGUCCCAUCUUAGGCUUCGGCCCAUCGCACUCUCCGUCCUUUUCUGGCGAUCGAUCAGGGGCUUUCCCUGAUUUGGUCGGAGGUGAGCGAGGAAACACAGACGCACAAAUUACCUUGUCCGACUCGGUCUAUGCUACGUCUUCCAACUCGUGGGAUCCAUCGCGCCUAGUCAACGGAUCAUAUGACCAUUCCUCGGCCCUCACGGCAUCACGGUCGAAGACAGCUUCCAAUAGCCAUCUAGCCGCUUCUACUUCUCCCAUCCUUCCUCCGUCAACACGAAAAGUCAGCGCCGGCUCGAAUGCCAGUAGCAACAGCAGCACGGGUAGUGCCUCUCCUGAAACAGCUUUCACAUCCGACCUGCGGCGCCUCAACGCUCGCAAUGCGGAUCGACAUCAUCCCAAUGGAAACUCCCACCAUUUGCCCGAGGGCGGUCGCACCUCUUCUCCCGUCCGCACCUUCUCGGGUACACCCAUCUCCCCGCGCCUCCAAUCUACCAUGUCGGCGCAUGCUGGUCUUGCACAUGCACGUCGUGCUAGCGCGGAUCUAGCAACGGCUCCAUUCCGAGCACCCUCGCCCAUAUUCUUGCCAUCCACCUCGCCGCCUACCGUUCCUGUCAACCUGGAUGCACAGCACAGCUGGGAUUCUGUUUGGCCGAGGUCCUCAACUCCCGACCGUGCUGAUCAGUUGCGCAGGAUCGGAUCGAUUUCGCCCGUCGCUGGUUCACCCGGCCGUGGAUCACCGUCCGGAUUAUACGACUCGAUCAAUCUUUCACGAUCUCCUUCCACCUCGCUCGACUCGUGCUCUCCCGCUGGCAUCUCCACAGUGCUCGGACGACCCAAAGCGCGUCGACCACACGAGCUGAGAGGCUCUUCAUCUUCUCCUAUCUUGCGCGUGAGCCCGAGCGGUACGCGCGAUACCCACGAAACUUCCAGAGGCUCACGUAGAAGUCUCGAGACGGCCACGAGCGAGCCCAUCAUCAAGAUUGGCUUUACACCGUCCUCGGCACUUGGCACGCCUGCAGAUUCUGCCAGAGCGUCGACUGCCACCUCAGCGCUUUCCAAUCAGAGCCCAGCGAGCAAAGUGCUCUCGCCGGCGACAGAGGCGAGCCCGCAUGUGGAUGCUGCUACCGCGCUUGUAUCGCAUCGCACAAGCAGCACCGGUUCCUCGUGGCUUCCAGAACUCGCCGAAUCGCCCUCGGCCGCUUUCGUGGCAGAUCCGAAGAAGCAGCGUCUCGGCGGUAUUGUACACAUUCCUCAAGUACUGCCGUUGCCAUUGCCAUUGCCAGCGCGAACGCCUUCGCCAAAGAUCUCGCCUACUUCGCCGCGCUCUCCUUUCCUCGAGUUGUCCGGACCGUCAGCAUCAACACACAACGCAGCCAACAUGGGUCUCAGCGAAAGCCCUCCCAAGACACGCAGCUUCAUAGCCAUGCCACCACGUUCUGGCUAUGAGCUGAGCGACGACCCCGACGAUGUUGGCUCCGAAGAGGAUGGAUCCAACUCGGAAAGAGAAAGUGUCGGCACCAACGAUGAAGACCACGACGGCUCAGAGUAUGGAGACGAAGAUAGUGUCGAUGCAGUCGAUGACAUCGACGAAGACGAUGAUCCGGAACCGUCUCGUCUGGCAUCUGGACGCGAGGUUAGUGUCGACGAGUGUUCCAGUGAGUCGCAAGAUCAGGUCAGCGGUCCAUCUUGGUCUAGCCGCAGCCAAAACAGCAACAGCGGGGCUGCUACUGCACCCGAACGGCCGUCGCUUCCCAAGCGACCCAGUCUCACCCGAUCCGGCGUGGUUCCGCCUCCAAUUGCCAUCAUCGACCAUCCACGAAAUCCACUUGAUCCGCUCGCUCAGGCCGAAACCUCGGCACGUGCCCUUGCUGCACACAAGGGAUCGGCGAGCACUGCCAUGCUCAAUUUCUUCCGCGAUGAGCCCAGUCAUCAGGAUAUGCAACACCAGUUGGGCAUCUCUGGCGAUGCACAGAUCUCGGAUGCUAUGAUGCCAUCCGCGCUGGGUCUCGAUGCUGGCUUGACACAACCUCUCGACACGAGCAUGGACGAAAGUGUCAUUUGCGUCGAUCAGGAUCAAGACGAAGAUGACGACGAAGAAGAUGAGCAAGGGUACGGAGAUGCCCCCGAGAUUGCCGAAGAGGGCCUCAACACGCUCGAGCGCAUCUUUCUGUUUGCCAAGAGCGACAUGGCCUAUCACAGGGUGCUUGUGUCGCAGUCGUUGCCUGACUGGAUUAGAGAGGUGGAGCUCAACGAUGCUGUCGAGUACAUUAUUCCCUUGCUCAACGGCCUGGCCACCGAUGAGCCCGACGUCUGCGCAGCUUUUGCGCCAGAGGUCGGCCGAGUCAUGUGGUACUUCUUCCGAAACUGCCCUAUCGCCGAGCUCGCCGACGAGUCCAACGAGGUACAGCACGCAGAUGACGACCAGCCUGAAACGGCAUCACGCCCCAAAAUCAGUCUCACAGCGUUUACCACGCUGCUGUGCGCUUUGCUGCUCAAUCAAAACACCGUCAUCGCUGGGGCCACACAACAAUCUCUAGUCCAUCUCUUUUACCGCCUAGACCGUCGCGACCUGGAGCUGUCCAAGGAAGAGCUCGCCGACAAGUCUCAGCAGGAGGUAUUAGUCAGACAACAGGAACAGGAUCUGGAGAGCUACAUCACCCACGCUUCUGGCCGAGAUGGACAGCCUGUACCGCACGAGCAGUAUCACUUUGAUGACCACGCUAGGGCCGCUGUCAAGAACGAGCUGCUGAUCAACGUAGCGCUUGCGCUUGCUCAGAUCCACAACCACGCUCGCAAUAUCGCCGAUCACGACCAAGGUACCGAAGACGAGCAUACCGCUCCAACCGAAUCGAUCAAGACCGAGACCGAGACCGAGACCGAGGCCGAAUCGCACACUUCUCAAGGCUCAGCUGAGGCCAUGGAAGAGGACCAUGCGGACCCUGAACUAGACGGAGCCAAAGCCACGGUGGAGCCUGACGCCUGGUCGGAAGCGCACACCAACUCGAACGAUGCCAUGGACGAAGAGGAUGGUCUGUCAGAGAUCAAUGCCUGGGGUCAGGACGGAAACAUGUUUGACCAACGGAGCGAUGAAACAGCCGGCGACGUGCAGAUUGAUGAGGACGAGGAAUCGGCUGUAGGCCGUAUGGCGUCGGUCAGCUUGCUGGCGGCGCUUGCAGCGGACGAGCUGAUCGCUCAAGAGGCGCUGCUGAACAGGUACGCUCCCGAGGUUCUCAAACUGAUCGAUGAUGGUGCCUUCUAUGUUCGCAAGGAGGUUGCUAGCUCGCUUGGACCGCUGUCGCGCAACAUGACGGCUGAUGCUGUAAGGGCCACGGUGCUCCCAGCGUUGACCAAAGCGAUUCACGACCGCAAUUGGCAUGUGCGUCAAGCCGCAUGCUUUUCGAUCCCUGCGACGCUUGGAAAGCUCGAAGAAACAUUGCGACGCGAGCAGACGCUGCUUUUCCUGCGAGCGCUGGUGAACGAUGUUUCGCGUCAGCUGCGAAUGGCAGCGCUCGAGAUCAUUGGUGAAGUUAUCUACAUGUUUCACGGGACCGAAGCGGGCGUGCCCGAAGAGCUGGUGCGCUUCUUCCUAGGAGAGCCAUUUGAUGGUCCACCGCAGCAAGGCGACGCCUCGCUCACGUUUGACAAAACUAGCGAUCCUGAGGGCACAGAAGCGUUGUUCGAAGAGGAGAGCGCCAUGAUGAUGGACGCAAGUCCCGAUCUGGGCAUGCCCUCUUCUCUGCAUGAUGAUCAAGACUCUCUGCUGGCGAGCUUUGGCUACGGAGGCAAUGAGAGCUCCAUGAUGGAUACAGGUGUUUGGGAAAGCAACUUCCGCGUCAACCACUUUGAUCCAGAACGUCCGCUGGUUGUAGCUUACAACCUGCCAGCUGUGAUGUUGACGCUAGGCGCAGACCAGUGGAGCAGGCUCAAGCAAGCACACGCCGAGUUGACGAGGAGCGACAAGCCCAAGGUGCGUAAAAGCCUGGCGGCUUCGCUGCACGAGAUUGCCAAGAUGAUCGGCCAAGAAGCAACACGCGACGAUCUGCUGCCGGCGGCGACGCGAUUUGUGACGGACGACGAUGUGGAAGUGCGCACAGCCAUAUUUGACAACGUGGACGUGUUUCUCUCGUGCUUGCCGCAGAUGGAAGCGGAGCGAACGCUGUCGCAGUUGCUGUCGCUUUGGUCCACGGGAGCGUUACGCGAUUGGCGUCUGCGAGAACGAUUGGCACAGCACAUCCCGAACAUGGCCAAGCAGUUCCUACUCGAGGAUGAGGAAGGCCACUUGGUGUCUUUGAUGCAGCUGGCGCUUGCCGAUCCAAUUAGCGCGGUACGAGACGCGGGCGUUGGCUGCGUACCGCACCUGUACAAGGCGUUUGCCGAGCACGAUCAAGUCAUCGCGGACGGCUUUCUGGGCAUGGUGAGUGACCUGGGCAUGAAUUCGGGUUACCGUCUGCGCAUGGCAUGCUUGAUGUGCGUUGAUGCGCUCGUCGAGUCGGGUGUUCAAAGGUCGUCUUGCGAGCUGCUGCUGCUGGGCCGACUGAGUCAGAUGGGCGAUGACAAGGUGGUGGAUGUUCGCAUCGCGCUCUCGCGUACUUUGGGCCACAUGUGCCGCAAGGACGAGCUGUACGCUCUGCCACAGUCAAGAUCUGAGGAGCUUAACAAGCUCAUUGCCAAGCUUGCGCACGACGAGUCGGACGAGGUUGGCCAAGCGGUGACAGGCAUUCUGUCGGACCAAGAGCUUAGCAGGUAUGCUGCAAGUGCGCGCAAAGUAGACGCCGAGCCUCGCAAACUGGUGCUUGGACCUGCUGACGGCGGACCGCAUCGGCCAGAUGGCGAAGGUGGAUUCGGAUUCGCCAACCAAUUUGUCGACGCUGAUGGCGACGAGGGCGAUGUCUUCCAGAUGGACGACGAGGAGAGCCAGAGCCAGAGCCAGAGCCAGAGCCAGAGCCAGAGCCAGAGCCAGAGCCAGAGCCAGAGCCAGAGCCAGAGCCAAUUUGGACGGGCUGGCUCAGCCGAGGAUGGACAAGGCGAGAAAACGCAAGUCGACUCUGGCUCACACGGUCAAGCAGGGUCGUCAGGAGCGAUGAUGAUGCGAUCGCAGUCGGCUCAGCACCUGGAACGAAGUCGUGCCAACAUCUUUGGUGGCGGCAAGCGCACCAUGGAGCUCGACUUUGGCUCGGACUGGGUCAAGGCCAACGGGCCAGCAUUCUUUGACUAUGGCGAUCAUGACGAAGACGACGAUAUUGAGGAUGACGAAGGAUUGGUAGAGGAGCCGCAUCACCUGCUCAAUGUGGACCGCGAUUCGAGCGACUCAGGGGAACUGAUUGAACACGACAGCGAUAGUGACGAUCAUGAAGGCGAAAAGUCAAAGGAAGAAGAAAGAGGAGAAGGGCACGCGGAGCAUAGCAUGGAAGAAUCAGAUACUGCUGAACAUGGCAUCACGCUCUCGUCACCGCAACGAGGGAUUGAGACGGCUGCAUCGGGUGGAGAGGAAAACAGCUCGGCAGACAGCUCGCCAGACAGCCCGCCAGACAGCCCGAGCCGGUCCGCAUUGGGCACGACGGCUACGACGGGCAAAGCGGCGGACCCGUUCCUGGCGUUUGUAGCGGGACGACGAUCGCAAGACUUGUCGAAGCUGCAGGUGGAACAGCAGGGACGCAUACCUGCGCUGCCGGGAGCUGCAUCGAAACGAACCCGACUGUGGAACGGUAGAGCAGCACCUCAGCAGGGAGGAACGGCAGAGAAAGAGGAGGAGGAGGAGAAAGAGAGGGAGGAGGAUGAACAGGACUCGUUGCAAAGCCCUAAUGGCAAUGACGAUGAAGAGAUGAUGACCAGACGCAUCUUGUCCAAGGGCUCAGGCGACUGGUCACAGCUCAACAGCGACGAUGUUUGUUCAGAGAGCGGCGAGGAUCACGACGGUUUUGUUCAGGUGUAA